GAGCUGACGAUAAUUUUCGAUUAAUUUUCAGCAAGGAAAUUUAGUUUUCUUGUCGUCUUGUUCUUAUCACUAAUUUUAUGUCAUGAAAAUUAUAAAUUUUGUCGCUGAUUAUCUUUCUUUUAUAAGAAAAUGAAAAUAGCUUCCUAUAACCAUUUUUGCUCGCUUUAUUUCCCGGGGUAAAAUUAUUUUUAUUAAUUUCUACAAUUGCUUUGACUGAAAAAAAAGGAACAUAUUGUUUUUUACUGUUCGUUGCGUAUUUAAGCUUCUUAUUUUUGUGUUCGGAAAAAAAAUCGAUUUUUCAAACCUUAUCGAAGACAAAAUCAUCCCUUUAGGGACUUUGUGUGUAAUUUGAUCUUCAUAAGUUCUGAACACAGCAUGAACGCAAUUUGGCUCAACGGUUCCUUACUUUUAACCCUCACUUAAAGGUCCUAAAUUGAAUUUCCUUUUUCUUAGUUUCUUAUUUUUCUUUUUUUACUCUUGAAGAAAUUGUUCAAUUUUCGACAACCAGAGCUACGUUUAUCUCCUAGCGAUAAUAUCUUACAUAUUGCUCAUCCUCGCUUAUAUAUGAUAAAUUUUCAGGUUAUAACUUUUUCAUAUGAGCAAUAUUACGCCUACUUAAACCGAAAAAAAAUAGCCGACUUUUUUUGUCAUAUUUGCUUUUUUUACAAGGCCCAUUGGGUAUAACAUAUAUAGUAUCGUUUGACAGUGUUUAUUGCAGCAUCAAAACACAUUUUUCAGCAUAUGCGAAAUUGAAGCGAAACGCCAAAUUUAAUUUAAAUUGAUCGAAAAUUUGGUUCAAAUUACAUUGUUUUACCUGUUAUCUAAAAAAAACCCUUUUGCCCCCUGAAAACUACCAUUGGGCUAGCUUUAGUUUACCUGUGUGUUUAGUUAUUUACCUUCAAUACAAUUAUUGCAAGUAAUCAGAAUUGAAUGAAAAAAUAGGAGGUUCUCAGUAUGUUUGUUUUACCGUCCCUUCAUAAAUCAACAAAAUCCUUUUUGCUAGUUCAAAUUGCCUCCAAGUAACGUCAAUAAUUUCUUUUAAUUUGUCCUCCUUAUCGACAGGUUCAGAUAAAGUUCAACCAUCAAACACCAUUUCCGUUUUUUUUAUUUGUUUCAUUUCUAAAAAAACUAACGAUAGCAGCACACUCUUUGGCCGGUUUAACAUUUUUGUCACUGGAAUCAAUUAGUUUUUUUCUUACUGAAAUUUCGAUUCGAUAUGUUAUUCCUUCUUUUCGUAUUUUCUUCCAAUUAUUUAACUUCCAUCUUUCAUUUGGCUCGUCUUGAGUUUUAAUUUGGGCUCUAGCGACGGGCAACUCAAAUUUCAAACCCUCAUUUCUAGCUGGGUUAAUUAACUAGUUAAAUAUGACCUGAAAUCUGAGUUUACCUGAAAAAGCGAAAAGUCACGGUUUUCAUUCUUCAUUUCACAAAAGUACUCGUCGGCCCAUAAUUGAAGCGAAGCAUAUUCACCUGAAAUUUUCCCAAAGCACCCGGAAGAAAACAGAAAAACUACGAACUCAAAACGCAUUCAAUUCCUUCGUCAUUGUUUUAUUUUCAUUAUUUUGCUGGAAAGUCAUAAUUGAAAAAAUUUCAGCUAACGUCACUUUUUUCCAUUUUGAAAUUGAAAUAGUUAUAAUUUUGUGUUCUGAGCUAUUUUCGUAAUUGUCGUUCAAACAAAUUAUCAAAAAAAAGUUGAAUUUGUUUUACCAUUUUAUUAACUCAAAAUGGAUUUUGCUAAUCAAUCGAGUGUUAACGAAACUAAUCUUGAAGUUCUAGAAUCUUCAAUUCCCAUUUGGUUCGUUUUGGGAAAAAUCCUUCUUAACAUUAUUGGUAUGCUUGGAAACUCGACGGUUGUUUUUAUUUACCUGAAGAAGAAAGAUUUCAGACCGAGCGAGUGUUUCAUUUUAUCGAUAGCCGUGAUCGAUUUCUGUUUUUCAUUCAUAAGUCUACUGUUAUGGCUAGUUGAGGUCGCUUUUCACGUGAUAAGCGGCACUUUAAACAGUUCCCUUUACACAUUUGUAACUUUUUAUUCUUUAUAUUUGGUUUUUUGGAUGAGUUUCAACCGCUAUGUUGCAGUUGCCCGACCUCUGGACUAUAUGUCCAGGUUCACAGCGCCAAAGGUUUAUUCGAUUUUAGGCGGGGGUUUCAUUUUUGCCCUCAUUUACGGCUUAACCCCGGUAUGGUAUUUCAAUACAAGCAGCCCGACAACAAUGCGAAUUGUCGAUGGAUUCUACUAUGCUUGUAAAGUUCUUUUUAUGAGUAUCGACAUUGUGUUUAUGUGUGUUGUUUACACCAACGUAACCUAUUUGGAGAAAAAACGUGCUGAAAAAGUCAACAAAAAUAACUUCGACAAGCAAAAAAAGAGCUCCAAUAAUUCAAAUCCGAAAAGCAGUUUGAAGCGAAAAAGCGAUCAGCGAAACCAAUGCAGCACCAGCUAUGGAUUCCAGGAAUCAGUCGCAAACGAAAAUGAUACCAAAAAAGGAGCAUUUCGGUUUCUUUUUGGAUUGAACUGUUUCUUUUCAAGUUGUGAAAAUUGCAAAAAUUGUUGUAAGGACGAAAAUCAAAAACUUCAGUUAUGGGAUAAAAACGAAAAUGAAGACUUUGAAGGUGAAAAUUGCAACGAUGAAAAUGAUAAACUUUCUUCAUCUCUAAGUUCACCAUCAGCUGCUAAUGUGAAAGGUCAUUCGAGUUCAAAAACUGACAACAAAAAAGUCGGAGCCACAAGCGAGAUUUCAAAACAAAAUCAUCAUAAAAGCGAAAAGAAACAAACGAAAAAGCAAGCAAAACAACGUAAAAAACAACAUGAAAAACAAAAUGAAAAACAAAACGAGAAACAUCAAGGAAAACAAACCGACAAAAACGAGACAGAAAACGAUCCGGGCAAACUUUCUCCGAGUUGUAAUGGGCAUUUGCAUACGAAGGUUAUCAAAAUAAGGGAGACGCUUCCAGAUAGUGAAAAACUGAGAGGGAAUUCCGAAGAGGAGCUUUUGACAUCAAAACAACCCGAGUUGAAAUCUUCCGUUCCGAGCAAAAAGGGCUUGGAAAUCGUGGAAAAUGAAGACGACAAAGACAUACAAAUUGGCGUGAGCAAUGUUCAGAUUGAAGUCAACGAUUGCAACGGAAAUUCAAUCCCGAUUCGCACACUGCAAAACGGAUGA